AUGAGUUCACCUCCAGUUUCAGCCAGUGGUGGUGGUUCUCGUCGAGCACGUUAUUCACGUUCACCAUCAAGUGGUGGUGUACCACCAUCAAAACGUUCGAAGCCAUCAAGUUCAGUUGAUGCUGGAAAUAAUUCCGAACAUCAUCGACUUUACACAUCUAUUUGUGUAAAAAAUAUCAAUCCAAAAAUUCCUGAUCUUGAGGUUCGUGAAUUGUGUAAUAAAAAAUUUUCUAAAUAUGGUUCAAAUUCAGUUAAAAUUUAUUAUAAAAAUCAAGAGCGUGUUGCUUUUGUUAAUUUUACUAAUUGUGAAGAUGCUAGAAAAGCACGUCAUGCUAAAACAGGUCUCGUUUGGGAAAAUAUUCAAGUUGUUCUAGAACCUGUUUAUUAUCGUCGUACUAUUCCAGCUGAACAACCACUUAAUCCUGGUAGUCCACGUGAACGUACACCACCAUCACCGAAACGUCGUCCACGUCGUCCAUCACCAAGUCCACCACCUGUUAGUUCUCGUAGUCGACAUCAUCAUACAUCUUCACCACCACGUUCACGUCGACAUUAUUCACCAUAUAUACCAUUACCACCAGAUUUAGCUGAUUAUGCUGCAACAAAAGCCAGUCGACAACGACAAGGUUCAUCACCAUCACCACCUCGUGAUCAUCAUCGACGACGUACUCAUAGUCGAACAAUGUCAACAUCACCCGUAGCAUAUAAAAGUCGAGGAAAACAUGAAGAUUAUGCACCAAAUCGUGCUGAAUCAAAUGUUCAACAUGAACCAACACGUACAUUAUUUGUUGGAAAUCUUGAACGAGAUAUAAGAGAAUCAAAAUUAAAAGAAGUUUUUGGCCGAUAUGGAACAAUUGAAGAAAUUGAUCUUAAAGUUCCACAAUCAUCAUCCAAACGUGCUUACGCUUUUAUACAAUAUGAAAAUAUGGAUAUGGCUUAUGAAGCAAGACGUGCAAUGGAUGGACAUUUUAUUGGAAAAGCUGAUUGUAAAAUUGGAUAUGGCAAAAUCGUACCAACCAAUUGUCUUUGGGUAGGCAAUAUACCAAUAGAUAUGAAACGACGUGAUCUUGAACAAGCAUUUUCACGUUAUGGAAAAAUAAAAUCAUUUGAUUUUGCAAAUGGUGAUCCAAUAGCUAUUGUUUCAUAUAAUGAAAUUGAAGAUGCAAUUAAAGCACGUGCAAAAAUGACUGGUGUAACACAAAUAGUUGAAGGUCGAAAAAUACGAACUGAAUCGGGACAAUCAGAUUCAUCAAGACGUGCCGGUCUUCGUAUUGAUUAUCUUGAUCGACCAACAGCUCGACGUUUUGUUAUUGUUCGACCACAAGAUAAUACAUCUAAACGUCGUACAUCCCGAUCAUCAUCAGCAUCAUCAGCAUCAUCAACGCGUACACGAUCAUCAAAAGAUCGUGUACGUUCUGUAUCAAAUGAUGAUCAACGAGAAAAUGGUACAAAUAAAAAUUUUAAACGACAAUCACAUUCACGUUCACCAUCAACACCAUCACGAAAUAAACGACAAAGUCUUAGUCCACCAGCAGUUGAACAUCAUUUUUAUGGUCCAUUUGGAUCAUAUCUAUCAUCGGAUGAUACAACUAAUAUAAAUAAUAUUAAUGAUUUAAUGACACUUUGUGAUAAAUUUAAUUCAAACAAAACAAAUACAAAUUUAACAACUGUUUAUUCUGUUCAAUUUAUACUUAAAUCACAUGCAUAUGAUGCACGUAUGCAUUUUCUUGCUGGCAAUCCAAAUCUUGUCAAUGCUAUUCUAGGUCAAUCAGGUGAUUAUGCAGAUAAAAAAACUGAAUUAAAAGUAACACAACGUCUUCGUCUUGAUCAACAUAAACUUGAAGAUCUUGAAAAAAAACUUCGUACUGGUGUUACAAAUGUAUUAUCAAAUACAAAUAUUAAUGGUCAAUCAACAUCACCUAAUGAUCGUAAACAAACAAAUCCUGCUAAUCAAACAAAAUUUGCUAUUAUGAUUACGUCACCAAGACCACGUAGUCCAAAUGAAAAUUCAAAUGCAUCAGCACAACGUAAACCAAAUGGACGAACAAAUUCACCUAAUCAUCCAUCAUCGUCGGACGAAAAUGAUGAUCGUGCACAAAUAAAAAGAAAUACUGAUGAUGAUGAUGAAUCAUCACUUUCUCGCUUAAUUUCUUAUCUUGCCGUGAAAGAAGCAGCUGGUGUCAUAUCAAUGCCAUUUCAUCCAAGUUCAAGCAAUGAUUAUGAUAAUACGAAUGAUCAAGAAACAGCUGUAUUACAUAUAUUUCCUCCAUGUCAAUUUAGUAAAAAAGUUUUAAAAGUUAUAUGUCCAUCAAUUAGUUUUUCAAAUGGUCCACGUACACCACCAUCACGUCCAACAACAAUGAUUAAUGAUGAACAUCUAAUGGUUGUUAUCGUACAAAAUGAUUAA